UCUCCCCUUCUCUCAGUUUUCUCUCUCUCUCUCUCUCUUCUUCAAAACUACCGCACCUCCUUCACUACACCAGUCGCCUUUUCCUCUCUUCUAACACAAACUCCCCCCAACAAUACAUAUUCUCCCUUUCAAAUUUCACAUUGCCGGGAAAAUCCCCUGCUUUCCCGGAUACCAAAUGUCGGUCCCCGGCGACUCCACGCCUUCCAACUCUACCGCCUCGCUUCCUCACAGGCUCUCCUCCAAAACCCCAUUUCUCAGUCUAAAGCUCUAUGUGGUCAUCGCAAUUCUCUCUGCCUUCUUGCUUUUAGUUUCUCUUUUGAUCUUCCUGUGCGUUAGCCUGAGGCGCACCUCGCGCAAGCGCAGAAUGCUCCUGAAGCAAAAUUCCGGGUCCAUCCCUCCGGUGUCCAAAGAGAUCGUGGAGAUCAAAACUGUGGGUGCAUUCGUAAAUUCGGACGAAGACAAGGGCAAAAUCGGAAAUGCGGACUCGAAGAAGGAGGAGAUUGGCGUCUUGGUGGAGGAGAUGGAGAUUGGUAAGGGAGGGAAGAAGGGGAGGAGUGAGGGAGAAAGUAGCGGCGGCGGCGAUGGCAUGUCCACUACGAGCAAUGAAGUGGCGGUGGAAGCGAUCGGCUGGGGCCGGUGGUAUAGCUUGAAGGAGCUAGAGACUGCAACCCGUGGCUUCGCGGAGGAGAACGUGAUCGGUGAAGGAGGAUACGGCGUCGUGUACCGUGGUGUCUUGCAGGACGGCUCCGUUGUGGCUGUGAAAAAUCUUCUCAAUAACAAGGGUCAGGCAGAGAAGGAGUUCAAGGUGGAAGUUGAAGCUAUUGGGAAAGUAAGGCAUAAGAACUUGGUGGGUUUGAUUGGAUACUGUGCUGAAGUUGCUCAAAGGAUGCUUGUAUAUGAAUAUGUUGACAACGGCAAUUUGGAGCAAUGGCUGCAUGGUGAUUUAGGGCCUUACAGCCCUCUGACAUGGGAUAUCCGAAUGAAGAUUGCCAUAGGGACAGCAAAAGGGUUGGCAUAUUUGCAUGAAGGAUUGGAACCUAAAGUCGUGCACCGUGAUGUAAAAUCCAGUAACAUUCUGCUUGAUAAAAAAUGGAAUCCAAAAGUAUCAGAUUUUGGUUUGGCGAAGCUAUUAGGAUCUGAAGCAAGUUAUGUGACUACACGUGUAAUGGGAACUUUCGGGUAUGUUUCUCCUGAGUAUGCAAGUACGGGGAUGCUUAAUGAGGGAAGCGAUGUUUAUAGUUUUGGAGUUCUACUUAUGGAGAUAAUUACAGGAAGGAGUCCUAUUGACUAUUCAAGACCAGCUGGAGAGACAAACUUAGUUGAUUGGUUCAAAGGAAUGGUUGCUAGUCGCCGCGGAGAAGAGGUUUUAGACCGGCGUAUAGAAGUUCAACCCUCGUCAAGAGCUCUGAAAAGGGCAUUACUUGUUUGUUUUCGUUGCAUUGACUUGGAUGCCAUCAAGCGGCCAAAGAUGGGGCAAAUUGUUCAUAUGCUUGAGGUGGAUGACUUUCCCUUUCGCUCUGAACAGCGAUUGGCCCGAGCAACGGAUCAUCCUCCUUAUCAUUCAUCUGCAACCAAGAAAGCUUCGCAUCCGACUAUGCAUGCUGAGGGAGAUGAUUUGGCUCCUGUUUAGUGUUUAAGGGAUGGUCAGUGUACUUAAUUUGUAGUAUAAGUCUUGAAGAUUAGUAUACUGAGAGAAAAUUAUACACUCGAUGUUCAUACAUGAUUUUUGGAUACUAAACGAGCCUCUGUAAAUAUGCACUUAUAUUCUGAAAUACAUGAAAACUUUAUGAGUCUUUCUAGGGAAGCA